GUUCUUCUAGUAAAAUAAAGUUUUAUGGCAGAUGUGGAGUUUGUGGAUGCUACAGAUGUGGAGUGUGGCUGCUACAGAUGUGGAGUUUGUGGAUGCUACAGAUGUGGAGUUUGUGGAUGCUACAGAUGUGGAGUUUGUGGAUGCUACAGAUGUGGAGUUUGUUGAUGCUACAGAUGUGGAGUUUGUUGAUGCUACAGAUGUGGAGUUUGUUGAUGCUACAGAUGUGGAGUUUGUUGAUGCUACAGAUGUGGAGUGUGGAUGCUACAGUGGAUGCUUAAAUUUUGAAAAACUUAAGAAAACUACUCCAGCUGUUUUCUUAAGUUUUUCAAAAGAGAAAACAUAAACAGAUGAUGUUCAUAUGAUCAGUGAACAUUUUAUAAAAUGCAAUGAAAAAUGAAGAAUAAUUAUAAAAAAUAAAGUGCAAAUAUUCAUAAAUAUUUUUUUUGUUUAUCUGUUUCCUCCAGGUAGGGAUGGAUGAUGGGUGAUGGAUUUAAGCUGAAAUCUAAAAACACGUGUGUGUGUGUGUGGUGAAGUCUGAAGAUGAAAAUGUGUGUGUGUGUAUAUGUGUGUGUGUGUGUGUGUGUGUGUGUGUGUGUGUGUGUGUGUGUGUGUGUGUGUGUGUGUGUGGUGUGGUGUUAGUUCUGCUAAACUCCUCUGGUUUCCUUCCCUCCUGCUCUCCUUUCGGACGCUCGUCUCUCUGCCUCCUCUCACCUGUAUAAAAGGACAGCUGGAACCCAUCAGUGAGGGUCUGCUGUCCACACUGACGGAUCUGCUGCUGUGCCGCUGGUCGUGUGGCUCGUGUUGGCGCUGGUGUUGGGAGUGUAGCUGCUGUCAGACCUCAGAGGAGGAAGUGGAGAUUCUGGGGCCGUUUCCUGCACAGACACCGUCCUGGCUUGUUAAUGACUGUAAUGAUGAGAAAGAGUCAAACUCUCACCUGGUGUCAGGUGAUCACGUUCCUCUGGCCCACAAUAGCGCAGAAGGCAGCAGCAGUCCGAGUUGCACCAGUCCCGUCAGCAGGGGUUCCGGCUCGGAGAACUCUCGCUCCACCUUCAGCCUCGCACGUCAGCUCUCCAGUCUGGACUCGCGGCGUCCCAGCUCCCCGAUGCUGGACGCAAAGCCCAUAGAAUUCUGGGCUAUGUCCCCGAGAAAGGAGGCAGUUCAGCCCCUGCGCAAACCUCAGCCUCCUCCGGAUGAUUAUUUCCACCAGCUGGAGCCGCGUCUUUACUCAUCCGAGUCUGGCGGAGAUGACGUGGACUCCCUGAGCGACGAGGAGCUCCUGCUGCGCUACAAGCUCGGCCUCCUGCACUUCAGCACACAGUAUGACCUCGUGCGUGGUCAGCUGAUUGUGCGUGUGAUCGAGGCACGUGAUCUGCCUCCUCCUGGUGCGGGCAUGGCUCACUCCAACCCCUACGUCAAGAUGAGCCUCCUUCCGGACCACAAGAACUCGCGGCAGACUGGCGUCAAACGCAAGACACAGAACCCCGUAUUUGAGGAACGCUUCACCUUCGAGCUGCCUUUCCUCGAGGCUCAGCGCCGCACGCUGCUGCUCUCCGCACUGGACUUCGACAAAUUCUCACGCCACUGCGUCAUUGGGAAAGUGACGCUUCCGCUCAGCGAGGUGGACCUGGUGAAGGGCGGACACUGGUGGAAGGCCCUGGUGCCCAGCUCCCAGAACGAGGUGGAACUCGGGGAACUGCUGCUCUCUUUAAACUACUUGCCGAGCGCCGGGCGACUCAACGUGGAUGUCAUCCGAGCCAAGCAGCUACUGCAGACCGACAUGUGUCAGGGUUCAGAUCCCUUUGUGAAAGUUCAGCUGGUGGCAGGACUGAAGCUGGUGAAGACCAAGAAGACGUCGUGUAUGAGGGGAACCAUCGACCCCUACUUCAACGAGUCCUUCAGCUUCCGGGUUCCUCAUGAGGAUCUGAGUGAGGUUAGCCUUGUGUUCACAGUUUAUGGCCACAACGUGAAGAGCAGCAAUGACUUUGUGGGCCGUGUGGUGAUCGGUCAGUUCUCUACAGGACCGGCCGAGACCACGCACUGGCGGCGUCUGCUCCGUACCCAGCGCACGCCUGUGGAGCAGUGGCACAGUCUGCGAUCCCGUGCCGAGUGUGACCGCGUCUCUCCAGCCUCACUCGAGGUCACAUGAUCCUCACUCAGUGGAGGAAGGAAGUGUGGACCGUUUAAAUGGCAGGGCAAGUGAUGAGAGGAACUGCAGCGAUGUGAAUAAACAGUGGGUUCUGAAGCUAACUCAGGUUCUGCUCUGGACUUCAUUCAAAAACACAGAUUGCUGAUGAAGUGUUUUUCCUGCAAUGCAGCAGAGCAUUUUAUCUUCAUCACGUUGAUCAUCUGCCAUCACAUGAAGACCUUCAGAACCUCGUCAUCGUCUCGGGCUGAGAUCAUCCAGAUCUUUUCUCCUCCUCUUCCUUCUCCUCCUCCUCUUCUUCCUCUUUCUCCUACACCUGCUCUUUCUCUUCCUUCUCCUGCUUUUUCUCCUUCUCUUCCUACUCAUCUCCUUCCUCCUUCUCAUCUUCUUCCUGCUGUUAUAGGAGGUGAUGUUGCUUCUAUGAAUCAGCUGAUGGAUGUUUCUGUUGCUCUCAGCUCCACAUCACAGCUCCAUCACCAUGUUAUAUUAUCACAGGGUUUUAUUCUGUGACCCUCGAUGCAGGCAGUAAACUGGUGAAAAGUGUUAAGGUGGUAAAAUCUAUCAUCAGCUCGUCUCCCCUUCAAAAGCAGCGUCCGCUACAUUCUUCUGUCCUCGUCCUCUUACCUGAAACGUCUAAUCAGAUCCUCUCAUCAUUUCAUGGGAAAAACAAGCAUCGGAUUAAAUGAACUCUUCUGUUCAUCGUGACAAAGUGUUCAGUCAAAUCGACUGAAACGCUGGAACUCUCAUUCUAACCAAAAUAAAAAAAACUGUCUGCUACGGACGUGUGUAACGUAUCGGCGCUCCGAGAUUAAAUGUAGUUUAAAGGUGUCAGUGUGUUCAGUCAGAUGUCUCACACGGCGGUCCCUGAGACAGACGACAGACUGAAGACGAAACACUAAAUCACACACAGCCGAGCCUCGAGUCACUGUCCCUCGGACACGACCGUGUGUGUCUACAGACUGAAAGCAUCCUGUGUUUAAGUGUUUAGUUCGUUUAUUAAUCUCACUUGAGACGGACUUGGAUGGUUUUAGUGUUGGAGUAGAUAAUAAACGCUGCAAACGUCUGUCUGUUUGUAUCUCUGUGCUGUAGGGUUGUGUCUCGUCCUGCCUCGUCUCUCGUCCACCGGUCUGUCCGUGAUGCUGUGAUCCCUGUAGCUGUGUGUCAUGCACGUGUCUUUGCGGCGUAGUGAAACUCUUCACUGUCUGAAUGUGAAUCUCACUGUUAAUAUUUCGUUCAAGUAGAAAAAAUAACUGCUUUAGAAUAAAGAGGCAGCGACGACGUUUAUUUAGAGACGUUACUGAACGUAUAGAUGUAGAUUUAUCUCUAAAAUAUGGCUGUAUCUAUACUGUACUGACCCUGUGUGUGAACGACAAGAACUGAACAAACCUGUGAUGCUGGAGAUUUAAGAGAAAUAAAUAAAUAAAUA